AUGAAAGAUCUAAGGAAUCUCAAGUAUUUCCUCGGGAUUGAAGUUCUCAGGUCUAAACGGGGGAUCUUCAUUUGUCAAAGAAAGUAUGUCGCUGAUCUUCUGGCGGAAACCGGGUUGAUUGAUUGUAAACCCGCAGAUACUCCAAUAGUGGUGAACCACAACCUUCGCAUGGAAAUUAAUGGGGAGCUUGCGGACAAAGAAAGCAUAUGCGGUUGGAUUAGUAAGUCAGUUCAUGCACCACCACAAGUUGCCCACAUGGAAGCUGCUCAGAGAAUUUUAAGGUAUCUCAAGGGGACCGUAGGCCAUGGAGUGUUGUUCAAAACAAAUGGACAUCUGAAUGUUGAGCUCUACACUGAUGCAGACUGGGCUAAGAUAAGGAAAAUCGAAGGUCAACCUCAGGGUACUUCUCCUUGGUCGAUGGAAACCUUGUUACCUGGAGAAGUAAGAACAAAAGGUGGUUGCUCUGUCAAGUGCAGAAGCGGAGUUUAG